AUGAACCACGCCCUGCUCGGCGCCCCGGAGCCGCCGCGCACGGCCCACGAGUGGGUCGAUUUCACCAUCGAGCACGCGGCGCUCCAGGGCCCCGGCGGCGUCGCCCUGGGCGCCCUGCUGUCGGCCGUGGGCCUCGACGCCCCGGCCCUCGCGCCCCAGCGGCGCGCCGUCGCCCGCGUCCUCGAGUCCGGCGCGCGCGGCGCGCGCGCGGCCGUCGCCGGCGACGUCGUCGUCGCGUCCGAGGCGGAGCGGCUCCGGUGCCUCGGCGUGCCCGAGCGCGGCGUCGUCGACGGCGCGGAGCUCGCGGCGCUCGAGGAGCUCGGCCGCGCGGGCCGCGCCGGCUGCAGCCUGAGCGAGCUCCAGCAGCGCCUGCGCGCGCGCGAGGACCAGUCGAAGCGCGGCCGCGGCGCGGCCGCGGAGUCGCAGGCGCUCGACAAGCUCUGCCUCGACGGCCUCGCGAGCAAGCGCCUCCGCACGCGCACGGACGUCACGGCGAAUAAGACGUCCAAGGUCACGGCGAACCUGCUGCGCCUCGCGCGCUUCGAGCACGCGUGCGAGGCCGGCGGCGCCGAGGCGUGGAAGCGCGCGCUCGUCGACGUCGUUCUAGAGCACGCGGCGCUCGGCGACGCCCACGCGUCCAUCGCCACCUUCGACCCCGGCGCGGACGCCUGCCGCGGGGGCGCGGGCGGCGCCGUCGCGUUCUGCGACGCGUGGGCGCGGCUCAAGGACGGCGGCGCGGUCGCGCGCGUGCAGGCGCGCGUGCCGGGCGCGACGCCGGAUUUGGGCGCCUGCAAGACGGCGGCGGCGCUGGAGCACUGCAAGCGCGCGAACCGCCUCUUCGGCUUCCCGCUCUGCUUCUUCGUGGGCAACGUGUCGCGCGGCGACGGCGCGCCGCGCGAGCUCUGGUGCGUCGGCGCGAGCCGCGAGGCGGCCGCGGCCGCCGGCCCGGCGGCGCCGCCGCGGGCCGACCGCGGCGCCCCGACGCUCGUCCACGAGCUCGUCGCCGCGUCGGGCGCGCGCGGGUGCACGAUCCCGAGCGUCGCCAAGGCGUUGGGCCACGGCUCCGCCAAGGCCGUCGAGCGCGCCGUCGACCGCCUCGCCGCGGCGGGCCUGGCGACGCUGCGCAAGGUCACGGAGGGCCGCUGCCACUCCUACCUCGUCUUCGCCAACGGCGGCGGCGCGGUCUACAACGCCGCGGCGCACGCGCUCGCGCGGACCGCCGAGGGCGCGCGCUACGCGGACCUCAGCGUCGCCGCGCGCCUGAGCCUGGACCACACGUUCCGCACGGCGCCGCGGCCCAAGGGCCGGGCCAAGCCGCCGGUUCCCGCCGGCGGCAAGCGGCCCUACCGGCGCCGACAAGGCCAGGGCGCGCCCGCGGCGAAGCGGCCGCGGUCCGACUCGGACGGCGCCGCGGCCGCCGCGCGGCCCGCGCGCGGCGCCGCGGAGGCGGCCAUCGUCGAGAACACGCCCGUGGCGCCCCUGGCGCGGAAACUGGCCCGGGUGUUGGUGGAGAGAGCGCGGUCCGGUUUGGGCGGCGUCGGCGACGCCGCGCUCGCCGCGGCGCUCGGAAACCCCCCGCGCGCGGCGCGCGACGCCGCGGCGAGCCGCGCGCUCCGGCGGGGCUGGGCCGUGCGCGACGCAUCCGGCGGCCUCGCGCUGCCCGAGGGCCGGCUCCUCGACGCGCUCGACGCGGAGGCCGCGGCGCUCCGCGGCGGCGGCGGAUUACGGUUCCUCGAGGACGCGGCCGCGGCGCGCGGCGCCGCGGCGGGGGCCGCGGUCCUCGGCGGCGACCCGGGCGCGCUGGCGACGGCGUUGGGCGACGACGUGCUCGACCGGCCGCGCGGGGGCCACGCGGCGUACCUCCUCGCGACGCCGCGCGUCCGCGUCCGCGCGCCGCGCGGGCCCGGCUGGACGGCCUGGACCGCCGCGCUCUCGCCCGCGCCGCCGCGGCCGCGCGACGCGUCGGCGGCGCGGCGCGCGCGGGCCUGGCGCGAGGCCGUCACCGGCGACCACGAGCCCUGGACCGCGCCGUCGGGCGCGCCGCACGGGCCGCUCCGCCGCGCGCUGCGCCGCGUCGUCUUCCUGCGCUGCCUGGACCGCGUCGCGUCGACGCCCCGGGAUUUGGCGGAGAGUAGGGGCGACCGCAAGCCCGCGCUCGAGCCGCCGGAGGUCGCCGCGCUCCUCCUCGAUUUGGCGGACGCGGGUUGUUUGUUCGUCGACCGGGGCCCGCCGACGGAGAGCCGCGGCGCGCCGCGGCCGGCGGCGCGCGGCCUCGCCCUCUUCGACGCGCCGCCGCCCCCGGAGCCGGAGGGCGACGGCCGCACGGUCGCGACAUCGCGCGCGCUCGCGGCGCUCCGCGACCGCGACGGCGCCGCCGCGCCCUGUGUGGAAAUCAACCAGUGA